CUUUCCAUAUUUUUUUAUUUUUUUUAUUUUUUGCUUGGUCUAUUGGGCUUUUGAAUUCAGCAGCCCAAGAGGAAAAGACGCAACCACAUAUUUCACUCCUCCCAUCGCUCCGCCUCUUCGCGACUCCGCCCGGUGCCUCAGCUCUCACUCUCGUCUCUCGCCGCCUUCCACUACCGACUACCGGCGCCUCUCAAUCUCGUCUCUUGCCUCCCAGGAUCCAAAUCAAAUAUUUCUGUUUUAAUUCAGAGAAGAGAAAUGCAGUCAUUAUUUGGGAAAGUUCGUUUUGCCACGAGACAAACAGUCAGCAAUCUGAAAAAUGUUGAGUUUAAAUCAAUCUGUUCUUUAGAGUUGAACGUUCAGGGUCACUCUUUUGCUAACUCAUCGCAAUUCAACCCUUGUUUUGGUUCUAGCCGGACAUCCUUUCCGAACAAAUGUUCUGUCACCAAAUUUGAAAGCGAUGAGAUAGCUUUUAAGGCUCCAUCUUACAGAAGUCUAAGCUUAGGCUUGACUCUGUCAGCUGCUAAGGUAUUGACUUUACCCACUAGAUGUAUGACAACAAUGGCACCUGCUCCUCAAGAUGCUUCCACUUCUGAUGAUGUGCCACAAUGCAUCAAAUUCAAGAGGCUUGAUAAAACAGCCAGACACAUAAUGCAGAUACUUGAUAAGGAAGCAGUCGAGGAAGUGAAAGAAAAGCGAGAGAUACCUGACAUAAGGCCUGGUUACAUUGUCCAACUCAAAUUGGAAGUCCCAGAGAACAAAAGACGUGUUCAAGUUAUAAAAGGCAUUGUUAUAGCAAAACGAAAUGCUGGUUUGAAUACUACAUUUAGAAUAAGAAGACUAGUAGCUGGAGUUGGUGUUGAGUCUCUUUUCCCUUUGUAUUCGCCAAAUAUAAAGGAGAUAAAGGUACUGGACAAGAAGAAAGUACGCAGGGCCAAGCUUUACUAUCUCAGAGAUAAAAUGAAUGCACUUAAAAGGCAAUAACUUCCUCUCUAGAUGGUUGAGAUCGGAAAAGGUGACUUUCAAAGAGCCCAACUAUAUGGUGAUUAGAAGAAUGGUUGACGAGCCGCGGAACUGCUAGGAAAUGUUUGGUAUGAGUUAUGGAUUGGACUGAAUAAACAAAAUUUUAGCUCUUUUUUCUUUAGUGCGUGUCAGCACCAUCCAAUCUAAUUACCAAACGUGUCAGUGUGUCAUUAUUGUUUGUUCUAUUAACAAGCUGUGCAACUGCUAGAACCGCUUGCUUCAAUUUGAACUGCGUCAAGAAUUCUUGGAACGUUUGGUUCACGAGAUAGUCGUCCUAAUUGGUAAGCAUGGCGGAGACAGGAACAUGUUCCCAUCGUGAAUUUCUGAAUUUUUUUUAUUUAAUUAUAUAUUCAAUUUAAAUAGUAGGAAUUUCAA